CGCCGCCGCCGUCACCACCACUGCCCCCUUGCCGCCGCGACUGCCGCAGGUCCCGUCCCGUCUGCGCUGCCGCAGGGAGGCCGCCAGGGCCCCGCGAACCGAGCCGAUGCUGGACCUGGAAGUGGUGCCUGAACGCUCCCUGGGGAACGAGCAAUGGGAAUUCACGCUGGGAAUGCCUCUGGCUCAGGCAGUAGCCAUUCUUCAGAAGCACUGCCGCAUCAUCAAAAAUGUCCAAGUUCUCUACAGUGAGCAGUCUCCUCUAAGCCAUGACCUCAUCCUUAACCUGACUCAGGACGGGAUCAAACUACUGUUUGAUGCUUUCAAUCAGAGACUUAAGGUGAUUGAAGUAUAUGAUCUAACUAAAGUAAAGUUAAAAUAUUGUGGAGUGCAUUUUAACUCUCAGGCCAUAGCUCCCACCAUUGAGCAAAUUGACCAGUCUUUUGGAGCAACCCAUCCUGGAGUGUACAACUCUGCUGAGCAGCUCUUCCAUCUCAACUUCAGAGGACUGUCUUUCUCAUUUCAGCUAGACUCAUGGACUGAAGCUCCCAAGUAUGAGCCCAACUUUGCCCAUGGUCUAGCUUCUCUCCAGAUACCCCAUGGAGCAACUGUAAAAAGAAUGUACAUCUACAGUGGAAAUAGCCUACAGGAUACCAAGGCUCCUGUGAUGCCCCUGAGCUGUUUCCUGGGCAAUGUGUAUGCUGAGAGUGUAGAUGUUCUUCGAGAUGGAACAGGACCAUCAGGUUUACGACUCCGCCUACUUGCUGCAGGUUGUGGACCUAGCCUUUUAGCAGAUGCGAAGAUGCGGGUAUUUGAACGCUCAGUGUAUUUUGGUGAUUCCUGUCAAGAUGUUCUAAGCAUGCUUGGCUCUCCACACAAGGUCUUCUAUAAAUCAGAAGACAAGAUGAAAAUUCAUUCUCCCUCCCCUCAUAAACAAGUCCCAUCCAAGUGCAAUGACUACUUUUUUAACUACUUCACUCUUGGAGUGGACAUCCUCUUCGACGCGAAUACACACAAAGUAAAGAAGUUUGUCCUGCAUACCAAUUACCCCGGGCAUUAUAAUUUUAACAUCUAUCACCGCUGUGAGUUCAAGAUCCCACUAGCCAUAAAGAAAGAAAAUGAAGAUGGUCAAACAGAAACAUGCACCACCUACAGUAAGUGGGACAAUAUUCAGGAGCUCCUGGGCCACCCUGUGGAGAAGCCUGUUGUUCUACACAGGUCCUCUUCUCCAAACAACACCAACCCAUUUGGCUCCACAUUCUGCUUUGGUCUUCAGCGGAUGAUCUUUGAGGUCAUGCAGAACAACCACAUCGCCUCAGUGACUCUGUAUGGCCCCCCUAGGCCCGGUGCCCACCUGAGAACAGCAGAGCUCCCCUAGAGAUAUUUCCCAUGCCCCUUUGCCUGUGGAACUGUGCAUUGCAUCUAGCUCAGUGGGUCUCUGUGCCACCCUGUGGCUUUUCUGGACAAGUUGCCAGUGUUGAAGGGUUAUAGGAUGUUCCCGAGGUGGGUCUCUGGCUGAAUGCUCUUCCGUGGGACAGUCGGCCCAGACAUUCUUCUGUCCAUUCUAAGCCUGCUGCUGCUGGCAGGAAACACGGACUGCAAAGACAAGCACAAACUUUGAUCCUUGGUAUCUGGACAUGGGGUUCUCGAUAUACUGGAGCAGGAUACAUCAACCCUUGGCUGAGGACACGAGUGCCCUGGAUGACGACGAGGCCCUGCCUUGGGGCGCACAUUGCCACGUGACCCUUAAGGCAAGCAGGUUGUGUGUCCAUAGUACUUGGUUGCCAUGUUUGCACUACAUCCACUUCAGUGACUUGAUAAGCUGGCUGUGGCCAAGAUGGCCCGCGCAACUGUCCCUGUUCCUUUCGUGCACGUGCUCCCUGCCAGGCCAGGAAGCACCCAUCUAAAUAGGAAACAGCUUUCUACCAUCCAGGUACGUGGCAGGCCUGGUUCCCACUGCUCUUGGAGUCAGCUUUUAAGGUUACCUGUGCCUCUGCUUGGCCCACCCUGGCUGGCAGGACUGCAUGUUUCCAUCCUGUUUGCCUCUUUAUUUUAAUGCCAAAGUUUUAGCCAAAGACAUCUUCCUCCUUUUGUCAUGUUCAGCAUUCUAUUCUGCACUGUGGGCCAGUCCCUUGCCCCAACCCUGGGUACUGUCCCUUGGCCAGGCCACUCGGAGCUCAAGGCCUCUCGGAGCUCAAGGAAGGCUGGGCUACUUGAUUCCUUCAUGGAUAUUGCUAAAGGAAAAUAGCAUAUAUGUGCUUUAAAAAUAUUAAUCCUUUUGAAAAGAAUUGAGAAGAGAAAUGUAUAAUUUUAUCCCAUUUUUAAUAUUUUGGUCUAGCAACUUGUGAUACAUAGAUGAAAAUUUUUGUGAGUUUUUCAAAUGUGUAUACAGACUUUUGUAAAUAUGACUUUUGUAAUUAACUCAUGUACAGCCUCAUCCUGUAUAGUUCAUGAAUGUGCAGGGGACCUGCCCCACGUGCCAGUAUGGUUCCUGGACCUACACUCAGGCCCCUGUGGCACUCCCAUGACUUUGUGACUGACUAGUGUCUUCCCAUUGGACUGUGGUCUGGCCAGAGACCCUGCAUAUCCCACUGCCGGGGUAGCCAGGACUGUGCCCAUCUUCUUGGAAUGGGGAAACUUCCUUGUUCCCUGCCUACAUCCCUUCUCCAAUAAAGCACCUAUGCCCUCAGCAAUGGCCCACUGUGUGCUGCUGCUGAGAUGUUUGUACUAAAA